CAUCCCCCCAUUUCCCUGCCUAACCUCUCCAAAAGGAGAAAACAUUCUUUUUAGUGCCACACAAGUACUACAAAAGAAUGAAUCUUUCUCUUCUAGUCUACCUAAAAAGUCUUCAAACUUUCUGUGCAUUUGCAGCCACCAAGUUGUAUGCUUUUGCCAAAUCUGCACAGCGUUCUAUGAAAGACUCCUGCCAGUUCAUCUGUCAAACGAACCCAUUCUUUAUCCAAGCCACUUAUUUCACCUUGAUCUCAUUUGCUGGAUAUGAAGCUCUAAAGGUCCUGAAGUCUCAAGAUAAGUCAAAUACUCUGCAAGAGUUAGAUGUGUUAUUUACUGCUGUCUCUGCAUCAACUGUCUCCAGCAUGGCUACUGUUGAAAUGGAGGAUUUCUCAAGCAGACAACUCUGGAUUUUGGCAAUACUAAUGCUUAUUGGUAGUGAGGUAUUCACUUCAAUACUUAGUAUUCACUUAAAGGCUAAAUUCAAUACAGAAAAGUCACUCAAUAGAAGAGAUCACUCAUCUCAGCUUGAUAUUGAAUCUAUUAGUAUCACAAACUUUGGUCCCAACACUAGCCAUGGCACAAAAGAUACAAUGUCAUUUUCCGAUAUCUGGCUGGCAAACAAAGAGCACGUUGAUCCCAAGACUAUUGAACUUUUAGGUACUGCGGCGACAGUCUACCUUCUAAUAACAAAUUUAGGGAGCUCCUUACUUAUCUACCUCUACCUAAAGCUAGUACCAGAUGCACAAGAAGUUCUGAAGAGAAAAGGGAUUGGGCUCUUCUUGUUUUCUGUAUUUACAGCUAUAUCCUCACUUGCAAAUUGUGGCUUCACUCCAGUAAAUGAGAAUAUGAUCAUCUUCAAGAAGAACUCCCUUCUGCUAUUGCUAAUUAUUCCUCAGAUACUAGUAGGAAACACAUUAUUUGCACCAUGCUUCAGAUUCAUGGUGUGGUCACUCCAGAAGAUUACUGGGAAAGAAGAAUGGCAGUUCAUUCUUCAACAUCCAAAGGCCAUCGGAUACAAGCAUCUUAUGAGUACAAGAAAGUGUGCUUAUUUGAUUUUAACUGUUGUGGGCUUUAUAAUUCUGCAAACCAUAUUGUUUUGCUCUUUGGAAUGGAGCUCCAAGGCUUUGCAGGAAAUGAGCAGCUAUCAAAAGAUUGUAGGCGCCCUAUUUCAAUCAGCCAAUGCAAGGCAUGCCGGUGAAUCUAUUGUGGAUAUGUCAAGCCUUUCUUCAGCAAUCAUGGUCCUAUACACAGUCAUGAUGUACCUCCCUGGUUACACUUCAUUUUUACCCAAUUAUGAUGAUCGGUAUUCAAAGGCUGAGAAGAAAUACAACAGAAAGAGGCUAUUGGAGGAUUGGAUCUUCUCACAGUUAUCAUAUUUGGCUAUCUUCGUCAUGCUAAUUUGCAUCACUGAGCGAGAAGCUUUAACCACAGAUCCACUUAAUUUCAAUGUUUUCAGCAUACUGUUUGAAGUUGUCAGUGCAUAUGGAAAUGUGGGCUUCUCGUUUGGUUACAGUUGCAAGAGAAUGCUGAAACAAGACGUUCACUGCAAAGAUGCUUCAUACGGGUUUGUUGGAAAAUGGAGUGACAAGGGGAAAUUAAUUAUCAUCAUUGUCAUGGUUUUGGGAAGGCUUAAGGCAUACAAUUUGAAGGGAGGAAGAGCAUGGAAGCUCAGAUAACAUCAAUCCAGCGCAGAUCUAGUAUUCCCAAAUAUAUUGUAUAGUUUUGGAUAAACAUAACAAAUCUCUACUGAAAGAUUUAACCCUAAGGUGCUUGUCUGCAUCGUCGCUUUUCCUUCACAGAUAAGCUGUUUUCACGUUCUUGUACUACACUGCUAGUAAGAAUAUGAACAAAAUGUAAUAAUACUAAGAUACUGAGCACACACCUACAGGAGCGUUUGGUAUCCAUUUUCCAUAAGCAUCAUUAGAGACAUCA